CGGUGGCUGCAGGCAGAGAGACCUCGGGAAACAUCUGAGUGCCUGCCGCUCUUUAUUUCUCCCGGCGGGAUCCAGUAAAAAAUCCUGUAGGAAAUAUCUGAGGCUUCCCGCUGGACAGAGAAAUGCUUUCUGCCCUGAAACGCGUUUGAAGCGGACAGGCUUUGAUUUUUUUCCCCCUUCCUCCCGUUUUCCGCUUUGUUUUGUAGGUCACUCUUCUGCCUUUCCCCCGGUGCCGGGAUCCGGCCCGCAAAGCGCCUUCUGCGUGCUGAACUUCGUGCCGGGAGCUGAGUCCCGCGCGUCACCCCGCUUUCGGCAGCGCCCGUCCCGCCCGGCACUUCCAGGCUCGGAUGCCCCGGGGGGUGCGGCACAACCGCAUCUCCUGCAUGGAACUCCGAGCGGGCCCGGGCGCUGCAUCCCGCCUGGCACGGGGACGGAGGGCCGGGACGGGGGCCAGCACGCCUCGUUGCUCCGUUUCCCGUCCUCCCUCUCCUGUCUCUCCCUCCAGAAACUCGCCUUGUACUCCAAAAUGCAAGAAGCCCCGGAGAGCGGCAGCAGCGCCGGCGCGAGCAGCUCCUUCUCCAGCCACCCCGCCGCCAGCAUCAAGGAGGAGGAGUGCAGCCCCGAGAAGGAGAGGCCCCCCGAGGCUGAGUACAUCAGCUCCCGGUGCGUCCUCUUCACCUACUUCCAGGGGGACAUCAGCGCCGUGGUGGACGAGCACUUCAGCCGGGCGCUCAGCCAGCCCAGCAGCUUCUCGCUCGGCAGCGCCAAGGCGUCUCGGAACGCCGGCUCCUGGCGGGAUGGCUCCUUCCCGAUGAGCCAGCGCAGCUUCCCCCCAUCCUUCUGGAACAGCACCUACCAGCCCUCCUCGGUCCCCGUCACCCUUAGCAGCCCCCUGGCUGCCCACAGCGAGCUGCCCUUCACUACUGCGGACCCCUAUGCCCCAGCCUCCCUGCACGGCCACCUGCACCAGGGUGGUCCUGAGGCCUGGCAUCACGCCCACCACCACCACCACCACCAUCCCUACCUCGGGACGCAGAGCACGGCCUACCCCCGCCCCGCAGCCAUGCACGAGGUCUACGGUCCUCAUUUUGACCCUCGCUAUGGCUCCCUGCUGGUGCCCACCGCCUCCGUCCGCCCCCACCGCCUCACCCCUGCCACCGUGCCCACACCAGUCAGCCCACCCUGCGAGCUGGGCAAGGGCGAGGCGGGCCCUGCUGCUGCCUGGACGACACCGGGACCCUUCCCCAAUGCGGCGGGAGAUGUGGCACAGAGUCUUGGCCUCAACGUGGACGCAGGUUUGCAGCCUCAGGACAAAAGCAAGGAUCUGUACUGGUUUUAGAGCUGUCCUUCACUCUUCCUCCCCCGGCUCUCCCCUGUAGAUCUCUGCCUCUAGGCAUGGUGGCAUUCAGAGCUGAAGUCGGGUCAGUUUGUAACAGCUUCUGGUCUUGGUUUGCAGCUCGGCGUUACUCCUUCUGUGGUGGAUCCCUUCUGAGCUGACGAGCUGACUCAGAGCCUCCCAGACCCCCUUGCCCUUUUCCAAGCUUACCAUGGCCCUGCAGCCUGGGGACAGACAACGGGACUUAAAACAACCUGGCUUUGCAAGGAUGAACCUUUAGACUUAUUUUGGAGAGGAAAACCCUUCUGUUGAGAGAGGAGAGCCAAAGACCAUGAACUAUUUAAACAAACUCCACAGCCAGAACUGCAAUCGGACUAUUAUAAAAGAGUCAAAUGACAUCACGAACAGUGAUGCAAAACCACUGGCCUUCUUACAAGAGACAGAGGAAAUCAUGAUUAUUUCAGUGGUGUGAAUAUUUUUUUAUGGCAGUGAAAAUUACUUCUUGAUUUCAACAUGGGAAAAACUAUUUAGCAGUUUUGAACUGGAUUCUUACUUUACAUUGCAGAAAAGUAGGAGAAGGAAAGGAGAAGAAACUGGAACUCACUAACAUUUUUGGACUACUGAGGAGCUAGUCAGAUUUUUCAGCACUGUGGUUAUGAGUGGCAAGCGUCUAGCUUGGGCCACCUGCCUUGGGCUUACAGAAGUGCAGCUGUUCCACAGACAACUGUUCAAACUCCAGAAAUAUGAAAACCAAGGUGGCACUUGUCAGAAUUUGACAUAACAUUUGCAUUGAAUAUGUAAUGGUUGUUUGUUUUCUUUUUUUUUUCUUUAUACAAGAAGUACAAGACCUUUGUACGGUGAAAACAAAACCCUCUUAAAGAAGGGGGAGAAAGGAAACCCAGGAAAAACUGCUCGCCCUCAACCUGAUGGCCUUUAAGGGGAACACCAGAAGGAAAAGCACAUGUGGGACAAUAGGUCUGGGUUGCCUCUAACGCUUCCCUUUGUCUACUUGUUGCUGUCAUUUUGUCACUUUAAUAAUUGUCUUGUUUUGGUUUGAAAGGGGGAAUAAGAUAUCUAUUUAACAGUAGGAAAACUGCAUUAAAGGUAUUCCUUCUUUCACCCUCUGUGCUUUUGUAGGGAAUUAAAAUUAAAAAAAGAGAAAUGAGGCAGAUUAGAAACUUCAGGAUGAAAAAGGAGAAAAUAAAUACCUGUAGUGUGGAUGGAGUGAGUUAUUUUACUAGUCUGCAUUAAAGCUAACUAGAAAUCCUAGCAGUUGAAAAUAUAUUCUUAAUGAGUAGAAAAUAUGGUGAUAAGUACAAAAGACAAGAUUAUGCAAUGUUGUGGCAAUGCUGCUCUUAGCGUAGGAUUUCUCUGUAGGAUAGGCUGCAGAAAGGGUGGACCCCAUAGUAAGGGGCGUUUCUUCAUGAAGUUGAUAGAACAAGAAAGUAUAUUUUGCAGUGUGCUAUUCUGCACUGGUACAUUAAAAUGUUAUUAUAAAGGGUCGAAUGACUAAUUAAACAGUGCAGAAACAGCAAGUUCACCCUGUGCUUGCAAGCUGACACUUUUACAGGCAAAGCAUUAGAUUCAACUCUACAGUGUUCCAUGUUGUUCUGUCUAUUCUUAAUGAAACGUCUUUGAAGGCAGACAAAGUUCAGUGCAUGUGAGAGUCCUGACAUCAUCCGUCUGACACCAGAAGAAGCAGUAGAAAACAGACUUUUUGCCGUGAUAGGAUAUUUUACAUUCUGAGACUUUGGCAAAAUGUUCACUGUGUUGGAAAUGGAGAACUUGUUGUUCCAAGUUCCAUCUCAACUAGAAUUACAUUUAUGGGGAAGAACAGGAACAUUAACAGCAAGAAAAUAAUAAAGUAGUGAGAAUAAAUAUUGUGAGAAGCUGGCAAGGAGCUGCAUUGAAAUAAAAAGAGGGCAGAACAUCUCCAGUCAGAGCUGGGUAAAGGGCAGGAGACGGCUUGUGGUGGUGCUUCAGCUGGACAAACCCACAGGCAUUUCAUCACAGCCCUCGGCUAGCUGGCAGGCUGGAAAGGGCAAGCAAACAGCUCCAGAUCUUGUAGUGCUGGUUAAACCAGAAGUGUUCUAAGUCUACUAUCAUGAAGGAAGACAGCAGUACUUAGCAAGAGAAAAAUAACUAAAAACGGCUUUUAACUUUAUUGCUGCAGAGGCUUGAAGAUGGCAAGGCCAUUCUGUGAACAGUCACCUGCAUUUUCUUUAGCCUGUUUUUAAAGUUAAAGGUUUUUUUUCCUGUCCUUUUUUUUUUUUUUUAAAGUUCAAUUUUGCUCUUGUGUAAACAGCGCUUCAGUGCAAUUGUUUCCUUUUUUUCUUUCAUUUUUGCCCCUCUUCUAAUGAGGAGGACUGGGCAAUACAGCCCAGAUAUGUUUGGAUGCAUUCAUGUAAGCAGUCAUUCACUGCAAUGACAUUUACAGUUCAUUUUGACUGGGAGCAUUUCCAACCAUGAGGAUUUAUGCAUUGAAUACACGACUAUUGCUAUUGAUGCUUGCUCUCCAGAUAACAUAUUUUUAUUGUUGUACUGUGGAAUUACCUAAACACCAAAGUCAAGUCUUUGGCUUAUGGUGUUAGGCGCUAUGCAAACCACUUUUAGAAAGGCUCCCACUUCAGGUGUGCUGCAGUAUGAGGGUGUUUUGAUGAAAACUUGCGGCAGUAUUUUGCUCACUGGGUUGCCCUGACUGUGGGAGGUUGCUCACAGCACUGCCUCUGAGGUUUGGGAGUGAAGCUACACAGGGCUAGGGCUGCAGUUUGCAUUGUCAGAGCAGAAACUUCACCCCGAGCUUUAGGCUGCCCAGCACAGAGUGAGUGAGUCUCCUAAUGCAGUAGCAGUGUAAAUAAAACCUCAGUGCUAUUUCAUAAAUCUGUUUUAUUCUUCUUUGCAUCAUAGAAAAUUGGUUAAUCAGGAAUGUGCACAAGAAAUCUGUAAAUGCAAAAGAUAUGCUUUCUCUACAUUACAUGCAUCUUACAUGCCAUAUGCAGACCGCUAGGGUCUCCCUUCUGCCUGCAGUUUUGUACUGGCUACUGCUCUCUAGCCAUACUCAAGCAAACAGAUUAUUUCAAUGGUGACAUAAAAACAGACAUAACUUGUGACAGUUCAUGCGGGCUCUGAGGCAGGAGGCAAAGGACUCAGAGCUGUUGCAGAGCAGUGUUGAAGCAGGUGCAGGAACAAUCAGCCACAGAGUCUUCUUCAUUUUAACAAAAAU